CGACGACGACGACGACGACGACGAAGAAGAAGAAAAAAAACGUGAUGACGGAAGUUGUUUUGAUUGCGGAAGUGUGUUUUAGGAGGACUCUAAUUUGACCGUAUUUUGAUCUAGCUGCAUGUAGGCCUCUGGGAGCUUCAGUUUACAGCUCGAUUAGUGUUCCAGCUUGAGCUGUCAUGAUGGCGGACCACACUGACGUCAGCCUGCAGCCGGAGGAACGAGUCCGGGCUCUGACCAAGAAGGGAAGCUCAGUGGAAGUAAAUGACGAUGUUCCCCCGCGCCGCUACUUCCGCUCUGGCAUGGAGAUGAUCCGCAUGGCUCACAUCUACACAGAGGAGGGCAACAUCGAGCACGCCUUCGUCCUUUACAAUAAAUAUAUCACGCUCUUUAUAGAAAAACUUCCCAAACAUCGGGAUUACAAGACCGCUAACAUUCCUGAGAAGAAGGACACACUAAAGAAACUGAAGGAUGUUGCAUUUCCGCAAGCAGAGAUUCUGAAAAAAGCUCUUUUGAGGAGAUUUGAUCAAGACUAUGCACAGUAUCUUGUCAAAAAGAAAGCGGAGGAGGAGGCCUUGGCGCGGGAGCAGUCCAAGCAGCGAGCGCUGGACGCGGAGCGGGAGCGUGUGGCUGAGAUGCAUCGCCGGCAGCAGGAGCAGGAACAGUUCAGUGCCUUCGAGGAGAUGAUCCGCCGCCAGGAGCUGGAGAAGGAACGCCAGCGCGUGCUCCUGGAGUUUGCCCCGCCCGCCACGCCUUCCCCUGACACGCCCCUCCUUCCAGGCAUCAAGGGCCCCUCGCUGGUCCCCCCCACCGCCCCAAAGAGCCCAGGGGACCUGUCCGGCAGCACCAACCACCAAUACAAUUGCCCUCCUGCAACCAUGGGCACACCUGCAACCAUCGGCGCACCUGCAACCAUCGGCGCACCUGUAACCAUCGGCGCACCUGUAACCAUCGGCGCACCUGCCACCAGCCUACCCACCUUCGACAGGUCGCUCAAGCCCGGAUCUGUCGUCAGCCCAGGGAACAACAAUACAAUGGUGGAUGCCCUUCGGCAGUUGGCUGUUCCCGCUGAGCUGUGCCGGAGCUUUCUGAGGUUGGCUGAGGCCAACACAAGCCGAGCUGUAGAAACUUGUGGCAUCCUGUGUGGCAAACUGACCAGAAAUGCUUUUACUGUGACCCACGUCAUUGUACCAAAGCAGUGUGGUGGACCGGACUAUUGUGACACAGAAAAUGAGGAGGAACUCUUCCUCAUUCAGGACCAGUACGAUCUCAUCACCCUGGGCUGGAUACAUACUCACCCUACACAGACGGCCUUCCUGUCCAGCGUCGACCUCCACACACACUGCUCCUACCAGAUGAUGAUGCCAGAGGCCAUCGCUAUCGUCUGCUCGCCUAAGUUUAACGAAAUCGGCUACUUCAGGUUGACGGAUCGAGGAACAAAUGAGAUCUCCACAUGCAAACAGAAAGGCUUUCACCCUCACAGCAAGGACCCCCCUCUAUUUACAUGGUGUCUAUCCAGGUCCAGGUUUUGAGAUAUCUGUUUUGAGGUAGUGCAGUACAAUGAAGCACGCGGGACAUGUCACCAUCACCGAUGACACUGUCUCCAUGAUGGAUUUGCGGUGAUUUUUUUUUUUUUUUUUUUUUUUUUUUUUCACCAGUACACUCAUAGACUGUUUUAUCAAACUUCAGACAUUUCAGUGGAGAAAACACUCACUUAUUUUUCAGGACGGUACUGAGCAAAUGCAGGCCACGAGUUUACCAUUUAUAUGGACUUCAAUUGUUCUCAAAGGGAACAACAUUGUGAACUUGUUUUUUGCUCUUUAAGAAAAAUUCCACAUAUUAUUGCACUUUCCAAGCAAACAACUAUCUGCUUAAUGGACUGGCAAACCUCUGGCUCUUCAACCCCUCUGUUUUUGUCAGCAUGUGCUCUACUUCCUUACUUUUGUUUUUGCCAUUAAUAAAAAUGUAUGUUUGUCAGUGACAGAUAAGUGUCUUAUAACCCAACCUUUGUUUCUUUCAUUGUCAUUGAAGUUUGGUUCUGGCUGACAGAUAAAGUGCCAAGGACGAGAACAUUCACUUGUUGUUGAGUUGUUCAUUGUGCAACAUGAAGUUCAGUGUGAAGCCUUAGGUUUGUGAUCACGUCUUUGUUCUUUUGUCUUUCCUUCAUAAGCUGUUGAAGGGCUAUGACUGAUGACAGAAAGGAAAGCCAGUUGCAACUCAGGUAUGCAGGCAGUGUUGCUGUUGCUGCUCUGUAUUAUAUUUUUCUAUACAAACACCAUCACUCCACAGUAUCCUUUAAAUAACAGAAAUACUUUAUAAAGGGUUUUGUUUGAAGUUUAGUUGCUGCUCACGAUGAUCCACCUUUUUUAUGUUUUCAUUUCCUUAUUCUUUGUUUGUGUUUUGUGGGGGGAAAGGGUUGGCAGUACCUGUAUAAUGUGUCCAUGCUUCAGAGGACGUGUGCAACAGGCUGAAUGUACCUUCUUCUACACAUUACUACUACUACUACUACUUCAUGCCUCUAACCAUUUUUGUUUGCUCCCUUGUUAGAAGAAGUCAAUGAUUAGGCAUAAUUAUACCUUCAAUUAAUUAAAUGCCAAGCCUUAUUGUA